CGCUCGAACUCAGUCGUUUCUCGCGUCGGUUCGUGCGGGUACUACCUGACCGUCGGGUUCCGAGUUUGCGCGAACGGGAGUCGUGGCCGGAUUUUAACUGUAGUGCGGGAGUGCGUUGCCCCUAGAGGCAUAGGAUAGGGUCCUGGGAGUACCUUGGAGAAGCACCGAGGCAGUGCGGGUGACCUGCAUCAGGCAGCCCCUGGCACGUGUCCAUCAUGCCUCCGCUAGAGGGCGUGGGGGCCGUGUCUGUCCUAGGCGAGUCUACACGGCUGGUGCCCGCUCACAGAGCGGCCAUUUUCGAAAUCGUCUGCAAUGCACCGACUGCAGCUGGAACGCCGCCAGACGUCAGGGUGACAGCCCCUGGGGGAAAGCGGAUCGCCAAAGGACAGCCUAGGGUCACCACGGCCCGGCCUGGAGUAUGGAGGGUGGAGUUCGUACCGACGGAAGUGGGCACUCACUUGAUCGAAGUAGAAGCGGGGGGAGAGAAACUACCUUGUGGCCCUCUGGUGGCCAAAGUUUAUGACGCUGGCCUCAUACAAGUUGCUGAUGUAGCUGGAGGAGUCGUGGGACAACCUGUGCAAUUUAGAGUGGACGCAAGUCAAGCCGGCGAAGGCCAACUGGAAAUCUCGAUCAACGAAGGCGAAGUGCCCAACCACGUCCAAGUCGUUGGGGGUGGAAGAUGUCUCGUCUCGUUCACACCAGACCAAGCGAAACCGCACUUGAUCGACAUCAAGUUUAACGGCGAAACCGUUAGAGGGUGUCCGUUCGUAUGCACUGUUACAGACACCAGCAGAGUGACGCUGUCAUUGUCACAUUUAGAGCUGAUUCCUGUCAACCAGCCCAGCUCGUUCCACAUGGGCGUGGCAGGAGGGGGCGCUGCGGAGCUCGCCGUCGCCGUCAGAGGACCGGUCGGAGAACUACCCGUUAAAGUGACAGGUGACAUCCACUCUGGCUUCACGGCGGAGUUCAUUCCGGUGCAAGUCGGUGCACACCAGAUCACGGUCGACUACAACGGUAGACCUGUCCAAGGUACCCCUUUCAACGCGAAGGCGUUUGACUCGAACAAAGUGACAGUUGGUACGGUGGCGAAAGGAACUGUCGGGAGGCCUGUGACCUUUUCUGUAGAUGCAAGUGAAGCGGGGGAGGGCAAUCUGGAGAUCACGAUAUCGGCCAGGGGGAUGAACAUACCCACCCAGGUGCAUCCACAGGGCAACGCUAGAUUCGCGGUGAGUUUCGUGCCGAUCGAAGCGUGCGACCACGUGGUCAACGUGGCCUUCAACAAACGGCCGGUGGUCGGGUGUCCGUUGAUAGUGGGGGUCGGCGGUGGGGGUACGGGGCCGACGGUGACGUUGCCGGGGCCCGGGCCCAUUCACAAACCCAGCACGCUGCUCGUGAACCAUCCUGGAAGGCUGGAAGAUAUCGAAGUUAACGUUGAGGGUGAGAGAAAUGUUUACUAGGCGGCGGUGGCGUAUCGAGAAGGGGGGAACCGUGGGUUCGACCUUGAAAAAGAUUAGAGGUCAGGUCGGCCCCCCUUCGUGCAGAUUCUAGUUACGCCACUGCUAUUAGGGAAAGGCGGCCAGGGUGCUUUUGGGAGAGAUGAUACGUAUAUAUGUGACCGAUAUUUUUUUGGGCUGUGUCAAUUUUCGAAAUUAUUUUCACAAUUUGAAACGUACAAGGAAAAAAAGAACAUAAUUCAUCAAAGUUUGACGCCAUUGUGAUGUGCAAACAGAUGGGUCAGUCAAGGUCAAGGUCAACAAUUGCUUUUGGAUAACGCUUGAAUAUUUCAAUAUUUUGACUUUUAAGAUUGUGGUCAAGGAUUUCUCAAAGGACUAUGUAUGACUGAGUAAAGAGUAGGCUAAGAAUAUGUAUAACAACAGAAAAUAAACGGAUCAAAUUAGUCAAACCGACUCAUACAAUUAAAAUUUGCAUAUUUACAUUUUUUAUAACUUUGGGGCUCUUUAGGAUCUGGCUGCCUGAGAAAAUAUGCUCUCCCUCGCGGUUCAAAAAGUUUUGCAGGCAUUUACGCUUUCAUAAAAAAGUUAUCUCUUGUCGACAAACCAUCCUCCCCCCUUCCGCUAAAAAAUUUUUUGCGGACGAAUAUGCUCUAAGGUAUGUGUACAUUUGACUCGCGAGGGUCGGAAAUAUUUCUCCGCGGAUGAGUGAAAUAUAUCUGAAAGAAAUACCACAGCUGAAAGCGUAUAGGUAUAGCAGUUUCAAAUAAUUGAGAUAUACCCUCGCCCACCCUCUUACAACCUCUCAUCCCACAACUUUAAACCUCUUACUUUCUUUCAAAAAUUGCCAGAAUCCUCUGAAACAUCAAAAAAGGAAGUUUGAGCGAUUUCAAUUUUUUUUACUUCUUUGCCCUUAGCUUUGACGCCACUGGAUCGAUUUUCAAAAACUAUUAAGCUUUUUCGUCCUUGGCAUCGAAGUAACCUUGUAUGAAAAUUUGUUCAAAAUCGGACUGAUACUUUCCAAGUUAUAGAGGGGUCAACGACUAGCGAACAAACUGACUGACGGAAAUGAAUGACAUGUGUCAUUAUCGAAAUUUUUUACGAUUACAAAAGACUACAAAAUCACCAAACAAUGGACUGAGAUGGACUUUUGAGCAGAAGAUUGAGCCUAGCUGAAAUCACUGGUUCACUUUGUUCUUCCUUGGGCAUCUUUACUGAUGACCUUGAACUUUUCCUGAGCUUCGGGAUCAUUCGGAGAUCACAUUUGUUCUUUGCAUGAUACCUUCGAGACCCAUAAUGAAAAGAGUGAGAAGUGCACCAUUCAGAUGCCCCUAACUCCCCCGCCAGUAGAUCGAUUUUCAAAAACUAUAAAGCUAUGUCUUUCCUUGGCAUAGAGUAACCUUGCGUCAAAAUUUCCUCAAAAUCCUACUGGUACUUUCCUAAUUAUAAAGAUGUCAACGAUUAGCACCAAACAAUGGAAUGAGAUGGACUUUUGAGCAGAAGAAUGAGCCUAGCUGAAAUCACUGGAUCACUUUGUUCUUCCUGGGCAUCUUUGCUGAUGACCUUGAACUUGUCCUGACCUUCGGGAUCAUCUGGAGAUCAACUUUGUUCUUUGCAUGAUACCUUCGAGGCCAAUAAUGAAAAGAGUGAGAAGUGCACCAUUCAGAUGCCCCUAACUCCCCCGCCAGUGGAUCGAUUUUCAAAAACUAUAAAGCUCUGUCUUUCCUUGGCAUAGAGUAACCUUGUGUCAAAAUUUCUUCAAAAUCCUACCGGUACUUUCCUAAUUAUAAAGAGAUCAACGAUUAGCACCAAAACAAUGGAAUGAGAUGGACUUUUGAGCAGAAGAAUGAGCCUAGCUGAAAUCACUGGAUCACUUUGUUCUUCCUGGGCAUCUUUCUUGAUGACCUUGAACUUGUCCUGACCUUCGGAAUCAUCUGGAGAUCAACUUUGUUCUUUGCAUGAUACCUUCGAGGCCCAUAAUGAAAAGAGUGAGAAGUGCACAUUCAGAUGCCCCUAACUCCCCCGCCAGUGGAUCGAUUUUCAAAAACUAUAAAGCUCUGUCUUUCCGUGGCAUAGAGUAACCUUGCGUCAAAAUUUCUUCAAAAUCCUACCGGUACUUUCCUAAUUAUAAAGAGGUCAACGAUUAGCACCAAACAAUGGAAUGAGAUGGACUUUUGAGCAGAAGAAUGAGCCUAGCUGACAUCACUGGUUCACUUUGUUCUUCCUUGGGCAUCUUUGCUGAUGACCUUGAACUUGUCCUGUCCUCCGGGAUCAUUUGGAGAUCAACUUUGUUCCUUGCAUGAUACCUUCGAGGCCCAUAAUGAAAAGAGUGAGAAGUGCACCAUUCAGAUGCCCCUAACUCCCCCGCCAGUGGAUCGAUUUUCAAAAACUAUAAAGCUCUGUCUUUGCUUGGCAUAGAGUAACCUUGUAUCAAAAUUUCUUCAAAAUCCUACCGGUACUUUCCUAAUUAUAAAGAGGUCAACGAUUAGCACCAAACCAUGGAAUGAGAUGGACUUUUGAGCAGAAGAAUGAGCCUAGCUGAAAUCACUGGUUCACUUUGUUCUUCCUUGGGAAUCUUUGCUGAUGACCUUGAACUUUUCCUGACUUUCGGGAUCAUUCGGAGAUCAAAUUUGUUCUUUGCAUGAUACCUUCGAGACCCAGAAUGAAAAGAGUGAGAAGUGCACCAUUCAGAUGCCCCUAACUCCCCCUCCAGUGGAUCGAUUUUCAAAAACUAUAAAGCUCUGUCUUUCCUUGGCAUAGAGUAACCUUGUGUCAAAAUUUCUUCAAAAUCCUACUGGUACUUUCCUAAUUAUAAAGAGGUCAACGAUUAGCACCAAACCAUGGAAUGAGAUGGACUUUUGAGCAGAAGAAUGAGCCUAGCUGAAAUCACUGGUUCACUUUGUUCUUCCUUGGGAAUCUUUGCUGAUGACCUUGAACAUUUCCUGACUUUCGGGAUCAUUCGGAGAUCAAAUUUGUUCUUUGCAUGAUACCUUCGAGGCCCAUAAUGAAAAGAGCGAGAAGUGCACCAUUCAGAUGCCCCUAACUCCCCCGCCAGUGGAUCGAUUUUCAAAAACUAUAAAGCUCUGUCUUACCUUGGCAUAGAAUAACCUUGUGUCAAAAUUUCUUCAAAAUCCUACCGGUACUUUCCUAAUUAUAAAGAGGUCAACGAUGAGCACCAAACAAUGGACUGAGAUGGACUUUUGAGCAGAAGAUUGAGCCUAGCUGAAAUCACUGGUUCACUUUGUUCUUCCUGGGCAUCUUUACUAAUGACCUUGAACUUGACCUGACCUCCGGGAUCAUUUGGAGAUCAAAUUUGUUCUUUGCAUGAUACCUUCGAGACCCAUAAUGAAAAUAGUGAGAAGUGCACCAUUCAGAUGCCCCUAACUCCCCCGCCAGUGGAUCGAUUUUCAAAAACUAUAAAGCUCUGUCUUUCCGUGGCAUAGAGUAACCUUGUGUCAACAUUUCUUCAAAAUCCUUACGGUACUUUCCUAAUUAUAAAGAGGUCAACGAUUAGCACCAAACAAUGGAAUGAGAUUGACUUUUGAGCAGAAGAAUGAGCCUAGCUGACAUCACUGGUUCACUUUGUUCUUCCUUGGACAUCUUUAUUGAUGACCUUGAACUUGUCCUGACCUCCGGGAUCAUUUGGAGAUCAACUUUGUUCUUUGCAUGAUACCUUCGAGGCCCAUAAUGAAAAGAGUGAGAAGUGCACCAUUCAGAUGCCCCUAACUCCCCCGCCAGUGGAUCUAUUUUCAAAAACUAUAAAGCUCUGUCUUUCCUUGGCAUAGAGUAACCUUGCGUCAAAAUUUUUUCAAAAUCCUACCGAUACUUUCCUAAUUAUAAAGAGGUCAACGAUUAGCACCAAACAAUGGAAUGAGAUGGACUUUUGAGCAGAAGAAUGAGCCUAGCUGAAAUCCGUUUUCGUUCUUUCUUGGGCAUCUUUACUGAUGACCUUGAAAUUAACCUGACCUUCGGGAUCAUUUGGAGAUCAACUUUGUUCUUUGCAUGAUACCUUCGAGGCCCAUAAUGAAAACAGUGAGAAGUGCACCAUUCAGAUGCCCCUAACUCCCCCGCCAGUGGAUCGAUUUUCAAAAACUAUAAAGCUCUGUCUUUCCUUGGCAUAGAGUAACCUUGAGUCAAAAUCCCUUCAUAAUCCUACCGGUACUUUCCUAAUUAUAAAGAGGUCAACGAUUAGCACCAAACAAUGGAAUAAGAUGGACUUUUGAGCAGAAGAUUGAGCCUACCUGAAAUCACUGGUUCACUUUGUUCUUCCUUGGGCAUCUUUGCUGAUGACCUUGAACUUGUCCUGACCUUCGGGAUCAUCUGGAGAUCAACUUUGUUCUUUGCAUGAUACAUUCGAGGCCCAUUAUGAAAAGAGUGAGAGUGCAGAUGCCCCUAACUCCCCCGCUACUGGAUCGAUUUUCAAAAACUCCAAAUCUCUGUCUUUCCGUGGCAUAGAGUAACCUUGCGUCAAAAUUUCCUCAAAAUCCUACCGGUUCUUUCCUAAUUAUAAAGAGGUCAACGAUUAGCACCAAACAAUGGAAUGAGAUGGACUUUUGAGCAGAAGACUGAGCCUAGCUGAAAUCACUGGUUCACUUUGAUCUUCCUUGGGCAUUUUUGCUGAUGACCUUGAACUUGUCCUGAUCUUCGGGAUCAUUUGGAGAUCAACUUUGUUCUUUGCAUGAUACCUUCGAGGCCCAUAAUGAAAAGCGUGAGAAGUGCACCAUUCAGAUGCCCCUCACUCCCCCGCCAGUGGAUCGAUUUUCAUAAACUAUAAAGCUCUGUCUUUCCUUGGCAUAAAGUAACCUUGUGUCAAAAUUUCUUCAAAAUCCUACCGGUACUUUCUUAAUUAUAAAGAGGUCAACGAUUAGCACCAAAUAAUGGAUUGAGAUGGACUUUUGAGCAGAAGAAUGAGCCUAGCUGAAAUCACUGGUUCACUUUGUUCUUCCUUGGGCAUCUUUACUGAUGACCUUGAACUUUUCCUGACCUUCGGGAUCAUUUGGAGAUCAACUUUGUUCUUUGCAUGAUACCUUCGAGGCCCAUAAUGAAAAUAGUGAGAAGUGCACCAUUCAGAUGCCCCUAACUCCCCCGCCAGUGGAGCGAUUUUCAAAAACUAUAAAGCUCUGUCUUUCCUUGGCAUAGAGUAACCUUGUGUCAAAAUUUCUUCAAAAUCCUACCGGUACUUUCCUAAUUAUAAAGAGGUCAACGAUUAGCACCAAACUAUGGAAUGAGAUGGACUUUUCAGCAGAAGAUUGAGCCUAGCUGAAAUCACUGGUUCACUUUGUUCUUCCUUGGGCAUCUUUGCUGAUGACCUUGAACUUGUCCUGACCUUCGGGAUCAUCUGGAGAUCAACUUUGUUCUUUGCAUGAUACCUUCGAGGCCCAUUAUGAAAAGACUGAGAAGUUCACCAUUCAGAUGCCCCUAACUCCCCCGCCAGUGGAUCGAUUUUCAAAAACUAUAAAGCUCUGUCUUUCCUUGGCAUAGAGUAACCUUGCGUCAAAAUUUCUUCAAAAUCCUACCGGUACUUUCCUAAUUAUAAAGAGGUCAACGAUUAGCACCAAACAAUGGAUUGAGAUGGACUUUUGAGCAGAAGAAUGAGCCUAGCUGAAAUCCGUUUUCGUUCUUUCUUGGGCAUCUUUACUGAUGACCUUGAAAUUAACCUGACCUUCGGGAUCAUUUGGAGAUCAACUUUGUUCUUUGCAUGAUACCUUCGAGGCCCAUAACGAAAAGAGUGAGAAGUGCACCAUUCAGAUGCCCCUAACUCCCCCGCCAGUGGAUCGAUUUUCAAAAACUAUAAAGCUCUGUCUUUCCUUGGCAUAGAGUAACCUUGUGUCAAAAUUUCUUCAAAAUCCUACCGGUACUUUCCUAAUGAUAAAGAGGUCAACGAUUAGCACCAAACAAUGGACUGAGAUGGACUUUUGAGCAGAAGAAUGAGCCUAGCUGAAAUCACUGGUUCACUUUGUUCUUCCUUGGGCAUCUUUGCUGAUGACCUUGAACUUUUCCUGACCUCCGGGAUCAUUUGGAGAUCAACUUUGUUCUUUGCAUGAUACCUUCGAGGCCCAUUAUGAAAAGAGUGAGAAGUGCACCAUUCAGAUGCCCCUAACUCCCCCGCCAGUGGAUCGAUUUUCAAAAACUAUAAAGCUCUGCCUUUCCGUGGCAUAGAGUAACCUUGUGUCAAAAUUUCUUCAAAAUCCUACCGGUACUUUCCUAAUUAUAAAGAGGUCAACGAUUAGCACCAAACAAUGGAUUGAGAUGGACUUUUGAGCAGAAGAAUGAGCCUAGCUGACAUCACUGGUUCACUUUGUUCUUCCUGGGCAUCUUUACUGAUGACCUUGAAAUUGUCCUGACCUUCGAGAUCAUUUGGAGAUCAAAUUUGUUCUUUGCAUGAUACCUUCGAGGUCCAUAAUGAAAACAGUGAGAAGUGCACCAUUCAGAUGCCCCUAACUCCCCCGCCAGUGGAUCGAUUUUCAAAAACUAUAAAGAUCUGUCUUUCCGUGGCAUAGGGUAACCUUGCGUCAAAAUUUCUUCAAAAUCCUACCGCUACUUUCCUAAUUAUAAAGAGGUCAACGAUUAGCACCAAACAAUGGAAUGAGAUGGACUUUUGAGCAGAAGAAUGAGCCUAGCUGACAUCACUGGUUCACUUUGUUCUUCCUCGGGCAUCUUUGCUGAUGACCUUGAACUUGUCCUGACCUCCGGGAUCAUUUGGAGAUCAACUUUGUUCUUUGCAUGAUACCUUCGAGGCCCAUAAUGAAAGGAGUGAGAAGUGCACCAUUCAAAUACCCCUAACUCCCCGCCAGUGGAUCGAUUUUCAAAAACUAUAAAGCUCUGUCUUUCCUUGGCAUAGAGUAACCUUGUGUCAAAAUUUCUUCAAAAUCCUACCGGUACUUUCCUAAUUAUAAGGAGGUCAACGAUUAGCACCAAACAAUAGAAUGAGAUGGACUUUUGAGCAGAAGAAUGAACCUAGCUGAAAUCACUGGAUCACUUUGUUCUUCCUUGGGCAUCUUUGCUGAUGACCUUGUUCUGACCUUCGGGAUCAUUUGGAGAUCAACUUUGUUCUUUGCAUGAUACCUUCGAGGCCCAUAAUGAAAAGAGUGAGAAGUGCACCAUUCAGAUGCCCCUAACUCCCCCGCCAGUGGAUCUAUUUUCAAAAACUAUAAAGCUCUGUCUUUCCUUGGCAUAGAGUAACCUUGUGUCAAAAUUUCUCCAAAAUCCUACCGGUACUUUCCUAAUUAUAAAGAGGUCAACGAUUAGCACCAAACAAUGGAAUGAGAUGGACUUUUGAGCAGAAGAAUGAGCCUAGCUGAAAUCACUGGUUCACUUUGUUCUUCCUUGGGCAUCUUUGCUGAUGACCUUGAAAUUGUCCUGACCUUCGGGAUCAUUUGGAGAUCAAAUUUGUUCUUUGCAUGAUACCUUCGAGACCCAGAAUGAAAAGAGUGAGAAGUGCACCAUUCUGAUGCCCCUAACUCCCCCGCCAGUCGAUCGAUUUUCAAAAACUAUAAAGCUCUGUCCUUCCUUGGCAUAGAGUAACCUUGUGUCGAAAUUUCUUCAAAAUCUCACCUGUACUUUCCUAAUUAUAAAGAGGUCAACGAUUAGCACCAAACUAUGGCAUGAGAUGGACUUUUGGGCAGAAGAAUGAGCCUAGCUGAAAUCACUGGUUCACUUUGUUCUUCCUUGGGCAUCUUUGCUGAUGACCUUGAACUUGUCCUGACCUCCGGGAUCAUUUGGAGAUCAACUUUGUUCUUUGCAUGAUACCUUCGAGGCCCAUAAUGAAAAGAGUGAGAAGUGCACCAUUCAGAUGCCCCUAACUCCCCCGCCAGUCGAUCGAUUUUCAAAAACUAUAAAGCUCUGUCUUUCCUUGGCAUAGAGUAACCUUGUGUCAAAAUUUCUUCAAAAUCCUACCGGUACUUUCCUAAUUAUAAAGAGGUCAACGAUUAGCACCAAACAAUGGAAUAAGAUGGACUUUUGAGAAGAAGAUUGAGCCUACCUGAAAUCACUGGUUCACUUUGUUCUUCCUGGGCAUCUUUACUGAUGACCUUGAACUUUUCCUGACCUUCGGGAUCAUUUGGAGAUCAACUUUGUUCUUUGCAUGAUACCUUCGAGGCCCAUAAUGAAAAGAGUGAGAAGUGCACCAUUCAGAUGCCCCUAACUCCCCCGCCAGUGAAUCGAUUUUCAAAAACUAUAAAGCUCUGUCUUUCCUUGGCAUAGAGUAACCUUGUGUCAAAAUUUCUUCAAAAUCCUAACGGUACUUUCCUAAUUAUAAAGAGGUCAACGAUUAGCACCAAACAAUGGAAUGAGGUGGACUUUUGAGCAGAAGAAUGAGCCUAGCUGAAAUCACUGGUUCACUUUGUUCUUCCUUGGGUAUCUCUGCUGAUGACCUUGAACUUUUCCUGACCUUCUGGAUCAUUCGGAGAUCAAAUUUGUUCUUUGCAUGAUACCUUCGAGGCCCAUAAUGAAAACAGUGAGAAGUGCACCAUUCAGAUGCCCCUAACUCCCCCGCCAGUGGAUCGAUUUUCAAAAACUAUAAAGCUCUGUCUUUCCUUGGCAUAGAGUAACCUUGCGUCAAAAUUUCUUCAAAAUCCUGCUGCUACUUUCCUAAUUAUAAAGAGGUCAACGAUUAGCACCAAACAAUGGAUCGAGAUGGACUUUUGAGCAGAAGAUUGAGCCUAGCUGAAAUCACUGGUUCACUUUGUUCUUCCUUUUGCAUCUUUGCUGAUGACCUUGAACUUGUUCUGACUUUCGGGAUCAUUCGGAGAUCAACUUUGUUGAUACCUUCGAGGCCCAUAAUGAAAAGAGUGAGAAGUGCACCAUUCAGAUGCCCCUAACUCCCCCGCCAGUGGAUCGAUUUUCAAAAACUAUAAAGCUCUGUCUUUCCGUGGCAUAGAGCAACCUUGCGUCAAAAUUCCUUCAAAAUCCUACCGGUACUUUCCUAAUUAUAAAGAGGUCAACGAUUAGCACCAAACAAUGGAAUGAGAUGGACUUUUGAGCAGAAGAAUGAGCCUAGCUGAAAUCACUGGUUCACUUUGUUCUUCCUGGGCAUCUUUACUAAUGACCUUGAACUUGACCUGACCUCCGGGAUCAUUUGGAGAUCAACUUUGUUCUUUGCAUGGCACUUUGAGGCCCAUAAUGCAAAGUGCACCACUUAGAUUGAGUCAUUUAGGAUAUCUGAACUUUAAAGUUUGUGACCAGUAUCAGUAGAACCGUUCAAAAAUUAUAUAACUUGACCUUGACUGUGAUUUAGAGCUCUUUUCAAGGUUUAACCUACCUAUAGAACCAUUGGGAUUUGCAAUUUUGAUUAUCAAUAAAAAGUUCUUGCGUCAACAACAAAACAUGUUACGUUCACGAGGUCACUGGUUCACUUUGUUCUUCCUUGGAUAUCUUUACUGUCCUUUCAGUCUAUAUUCUGAACCGUUUGGAGUAUCUGAACUUUGAUGUUUGUGAUCAGUUCAAAAAACGAUAUUGAAGAGAUAAAGUGAAAUAAUUGAUCACUGUUCACCUUGUCUGUGAUUUCCAGCAUAUUUCAUGGUUUAAUCUACUUAUAGAACCUACGGCUUUGAAAGUUUGAUGAUCAAUAAAAUAUUUAUGCGUCAAAGAUAAUUCACGUUAAAUCUGAUUUGCCUCUGUAACUUAUUAUUUCUGAUAUUUGAGAGUAGAAAUAUUUGCUGUUUCAGGAAAAUUCUUUUUAUAACCUCUGAUAGCGCCCAUCAAAGUGAAUGUGAUUGAUUUCGUGAAAUUUGUGCCAUAUGCGUCACAUAUGUACGUAUUUUUUGGGAUAUUGGAAUACAGUUAGAAUAGAAAUAGUUAUAAAUAUUUGAACGCUUUCAAGAUGAUCCCAGAAAGCAGACAUCGCAUAUGGGUAGUGUCUUUUAAUAAGAAGAUUUGGUAUCAGUGGGUCAUGAAUUAGUGGCUUUUUUCGAAUCCUAAUAAUUCAUAAUUAAUCCUUCGUUAAAGCUACUGAGAUGCUGCAUAUUCUGCAGCCAUCAUUAUUCUAACUCAAGAAGGGAAAUAAGUUGCAACCAUUUGAUACAAUCAAGGUAACAGUUGGACAUUAGGACAAGAUGUUGUUUUUAUUAUCGUCUGCCAUAAACUGUUUUCUUGUUUGUUAUUAUUAAGAGUAUGAAAAAUAUCCCUUCGCGCUAGUUAAUCAAGUGUUUCAGUUUCAAUUAACAUAUGUGUUAACUUACAUAUGAUAUCUGUACUACUACGUCUAAUAAAUAUGUGUAAAGUGUUGCAUCUAAG